ACAAAGACAUAACCAAUUUGGUUAUUUUGGUUAAACCGAAAUAUUAAUUAAAUUAAUUUUACCUGAAUUUUAACUUGAUCGAACUUAUUCCAUCGAUUGUGCUGCGAUAUAAUAACUUAAAUAAAAUAUUAUAUCUAAAAUGGCUUCAAAAACUUAUAAAUAUUUUAUUUUGACCGGAGAACCUGGAGUGGGCAAGACUACACUGACAAAGAAAUUAGUAGCGGAAAUUGUAAGCAAAGGUAUUAAAACUUCGGGAUUCUAUACCGAAGAAGUUCGAUAUGAUAGGACUAGAGAGGGGUUUGAUGUAGUAGGUUUGGAUGGUGCUAGAGGGAGAUUGGCAAGAGAUCAGAGUCUGUUGAAUAUUCCCGUCAAAUAUAAAGUCGGAAAAUAUGGUGUUCUAGUAGAAGAAUUUGAAAUUAUUGCUUUGCCCUCCCUCGUGAAGCCAAAUAACACUCAAGCACACUUACUGGUCAUAGAUGAAAUAGGAAAAAUGGAGUUCUUUAGUGAAAAAUUCAAGAAUGCCAUUCAGACAAUUUUUAGUCCCUCAUCAGAAUACACAGUACUGGCCACCAUCCCUAUUAGAAAAAGUGACAAAUUAAUUGAGUCUAUUAGAAACCAUAGUCAAGCUAAAGUUUGGACGGUAACAAGAGAGAACAGAAACAGUAUCCAAGAAGAAAUUGUAAAUGAAAUAAAUAAAACAAUUAGAUUCUAAUUAAGUAUUAUUUAUUUUAAUAGUACAUGCAAUAAUAAUACAAUUAUUAAGGCGCGUUUUAGCAAUUUAGAAUUGGUUUUAUUUAACCAUUUAGCACCAAAACAUGUGUUAACAUUAAGUAUUCAAAUAUUUGAAUAUAGCUGCAAUUAAUAUGGAUCUACAGAUUGAAUAGUAAUCACGUAAUAAAUAAAAUGUAAGCCAUACAUUUUGAUUCAGUUUGGAUCUACAUUAUCUAGGUACAUAAUAGGUAGUAUAGAGUUAUAGACUGUGAUUAAUAUUUAUAUAAAAUGUGGACCAAUUAUAUAAAUAUUUACGCCUAUAAAUUAUUUAAAUACAUUAAUU